AAAUGUGCAACCAAAUGAAAAAACAACAACCUCACAAUCAAAAGAUGUUGAUGAUAAUGGUCCUAACGACCCAUUCUAUGAUGGCACCUUUAAUGUUUUGAAUAAAUCAAAUGUGCAACCAAAUGAAAAAACAACAACCUCACAAUCAAAAGAUGUUGAUGAUAAUGGUCCUAACGACCCAUUCUAUGAUGGCACCUUUAAUGUUUUGAAUAAAUCAAAUGUGCAACCAAAUGAAAAAACAACAACCUCACAAUCAAAAGAUGUUGAUGAUAAUGGUCCUAACGACCCAUUCUAUGAUGGCACCUUUAAUGUUUUGAAUAAAUCAAAUGUGCAACCAAAUGAAAAUAGAACAACCUCACAAUCAAAAGAUGUUGAUGAUAAUGGUCCUAACGACCCAUUCUAUGAUGGCACCUUUAAUGUUUUAAAUAAUUCAAAUGGGCAAACAGUUUCAAAAGAUGUUGAUGAUAAUGGUCCUAAUGACCCAUUCUAUGAUGGAACCUUUAAUGUUUUGAAUAAAUCAAAUGUGCAACCAAAUGAAAAAACAACAACCUCACAAUCAAAAGAUGUUGAUGAUAAUGGUCCAAAUGACCCAUUCUAUGAUGGCACCUUUAAUGUUUUAAAUAAUUCAAAUGGGCAAACAGUUUCAAAAGAUGUUGAUGAUAAUGGUCCUAACGACCCAUUCUAUGAUGGCACCUUUAAUGUUUUAAAUAAUGACAAUAAAGAAAAUGAGCAAGGUGCAAAUAUUAUAGCUCAAGGUUUAGGUAGUGAAACACAAGAAUAUAUGAAAGAAGUAGAAAAUAAUGUAGACCAAAAUAAUGAUAACAAUAAUAAAAAAAAGAAUUAUGAUGAUAAUGAUGAUGACGAUGAUGAUGAGGAUGAUAAUGACGGAACUAAUAAGAAUGGUAUUUUAUUAAAAGGAACAUUAUCAGAUAAUCCAACAAGUAAUUUUAGAGAGAAAUUAUUUAUAUUUAUAAUACUUUGUUUAAUAUCAGUAUGUCUUGCAUUAUUAGUAAGUAUUGCAAUCAAAGUAUAUGCUUCUGUUAUGAAAAAAAAAAUCGGUGAUAAGCAUGAUGUUGUUUUAUCAUUUAAAGAUAGAGAAGACAUUCCUGUUGUUUCUGGAAUACCAGCUCCAUGGUUAAGUUCUUAA